AUGGGCCCUCUUUUUCACACGACUUGCGUCGUCCUCCUCGCCCUGAACGCCGCUGCCAUCCCAGCCUCCAUCAGUCCCGAGGACUACGCCGCGGACGAGGCAGAGCGAACGCUCAACAACGAGAUCUUUGAUGACUACAGGGGGAAAGGCUGCGUGGAUGACAGUGGGUUUGUGUACAAACUCGGAGAGCGUUUCUUCCCAGGGCACUCGAACUGUCCGUGCGUGUGUACAGAGGAUGGACCAGUUUGUGAUCAACCAGAAUGUCCCAAGAUACACCCCAAGUGCACUAAGGUGGAGCACAACGGAUGUUGCCCAGAAUGCAAGGAGAUCAAAAACUUUUGUGAAUACCGUGGGAAGACUUACAAAAUCCUUGAGGAGUUUAAGCCCUCGCCAUGUGAGUGGUGUCGCUGUGAACCAAAUAAUGAGGUGCACUGUGUGGUGGCUGAUUGUGCCGUGCCUGAGUGCGUCAAUCCUGUCUAUGAACCGGAGCAGUGCUGCCCCAUCUGUAAAAACGGUCCAAAUUGCUUUGCCGGAACAACGAUCAUCCCAGCCGGCAUCGAAGUGAAGGUGGACGACUGCACCAUCUGCCGCUGCCACAGUGGGGACUGGUGGAAGCCCGCGCAGUGCCUGCGCCGCGAGUGCCUCAACGGCCAGUCGUAG